AUGGCGGCCUCUUGUGCCGACUGUGUUCACGGCGGCCUCUUGCCGACUGUGUUCACGGCGGCCUCUUGCCGACUGUGUUCGCGGCGGCCUCUUGUGCCGACUGUGUUCACGGCGGCCUCUUGCCGACUAUGUUCACGGCGGCAACCUGCCGACUGUGUUCACGGCGGCCUCUUGCCGACUGUGUUCACGGCGGCCUCUUGCCGACUGUGUCGUGUUCACGGCGGCUUCCAGCCGACUGUGUUCACGGCGGCCUCUUGCUCUUGCCGACUGUGUUCACGGCGGCUGCCAGCCGACUGUGUUCACGGCGGCCUCUUGCCGACUGUUCACGGCGGCAAGCGGCCGAUUGUGUUCACGGCGGCAGGGCGCUCCAUUGACGCCGUCGUCGACAAGUUCCUCGCAUUAACGCGGAGUUGGCUGAAUGUCUCAGUGUUCACUUUGAUGACGGAAUGGUUUGUCUUCGUCGUCUUAAGGGCUCCAAGCAGUUUAAGGGCGUCUUUUUUCGAAGCCAUGGCUGCAAGCACCUUGGCAGCUUCUUCGACCAUGCAGUCGGCAUACUUGUACAAGUACAAGGACGUGCGGGCCAACCGUCCUCAUGAAUGGUUGCUUUUGCUGACCUCAGGUGAGAUAGCUUUCAUCCGCCAGACCCGAGGUCGACGCAUGGCAUUUGGUGGCGGAGGUCGGUGGGAAGUCUGUGUCAAUGGCUCCCUGAUGCAUUUGCGCGACUUUGCUUGUGUGGGCAAGGGUGCCAAAAGACGUCAGUUGACAUUUGACCAAGUGAAUUCCCAAUCUGGUUUUUUCCGCUUUGAGUGCCUCCCGCGCUUUCGUGAUGAUGGCCGGCCUCGGGACGUGUUAUUCUUGGGCAUAGUCCAAUGGAAUGCCACACAGGUGACUUGCUCCUGGCACGAAUCGAUCACGGACAGAUUUCGCCCAUGGCAGCGCGAUUAUGUCUUCCAGCUCUUCGAAGACGAGGUGGCGCCCUUGCUGCGGAGCCAUUUUCCUGUCGACCUGUCAGCGGAUGCGGGCGCCUUGGACUCCGAUGACUCAUGGCAGUUGGUCUGA